AAAAUAUAUCUUGAUAGAUUGUAUCUUGUUUUGGUUUUAUUUAUUACAAAAACUGACAAUUUCAUUUUAUUAAAAACCCAUUUAUUAGACUGAGUUUUAAUCAUGGCCGUUCCAAGGAAAGCCACGCAGACCAUAAAUCAAGAAAACGCAAAUUCCCGUAUUGCUGUGAAAUCAAACUUAAAUCCGCCAUUGGAACCACUAAAAAGAGCAGCACUUGGAGAAGUCGGCAAUACACUACAAGAAUCACAAAAAGCACAAAUUGGUCUCGGCCCUACCAAAAAUGCUUUUAAAAAGCAAGAAGGUGGUUUGCAAUCCAAAAAAGACGCAGUAAAAACUUUGACUAACAAGGACAAGGCAAUUCCGACAAAACCUACAGCUGUACUAAAAAGACAGGAAAGUUUAUUGAAACCGAUACAAGAAAAAGUGACACAGCCUAAAGAAGUACCAAGGACAUCAACAAUAGUAAGCAAAAAACUUUCUAUUGUUGACCCAGAUGAAAGUAGCAGAAAUGACCCUCAGAUGGUAACUGAGUAUGUGAUGGAUAUCUUCAAAUACCUGAGAGAAAUGGAACUGACACUAGCUAUCAAAGAGAACUUUCUUGAAGGACACGAAACUACCUCCAGGAUGCGUGCAAUACUCGUUAAUUGGUUAGUGGACGUACACGCAAAUUUUAAAGCCACACUUGACACUUUGCAUAUAUGCAUUGGGAUUGUGGACAGAUAUUUACAGGAGAACAAGAAAGUAGGAAGGAGUACGCUUCAGUUAGUAGGGGCCUCAGCAAUGUUGAUAGCAUGUAAGUACGAAGAAAUAUAUGUUCCAGAUUUAGAGGACUUUGAAUACGUAUGUGAUCACACGUUUACAAAAAGACAGAUACUUCAAAUGGAAAAGGAAAUACUGAAGAGGUUAGAUUUUAACUUAGGUCGUCCGAUUUCUGUCCAGUUUCUACGUAGAUAUACAAAAGUGACUCAGUCUCGCUUGGAGCAUCAUAACUUAGGUAAAUAUAUAUUGGAAUUGGCAUUACUUGAAAGCGAUGUAGUGCAUGUAAGACCUUCCUUGCUGGCAGCCGCAGCGUGUUGCUUAUCAAUGGGAAUUUUGAACGAAACUAUGGAUCUCACGAAACUGUGGAAUCCCACUUUUGUACAGUAUACGUCAUACGAUUACUACGACUUCAGAUCGCUAAUAGCCGAACUCGCUUAUCUCUUAGUCAAAAGCGAACAAUCAAAAUUCCAAGCAAUAAGAAGGAAAUAUGCAUUACCAAAAUUCGGCAAAAUCAGCCUUAACGUUAAAUUAAAUGGUCCUCUUGUGAGAAAACUGACAGCGGGGAAAAAGUGAUAUUUCCAUUUUAUUUUUUAAUCGAAUUUUUAUACUAUAUAUCAUUUUUUAUACCUGUGUCAUUUUUUUUAUUUACGUUUUAGUACAUUUUAAUAAAUUAGAUUAAAGCUAAAGACAAUUAAAAGCCUUUUUU